GUCUCCGAUCAUUGAGGCAGGCAGGGGCUACUGAUUUAUAAUAAUACUCUGCUUUCACUCGUCUGUUAAGUGUUCAGCAACAAUGUCUUCGGUUCAACCUAUUCCUGCCGAUACGUACAAGUUAGGGUUCAUCGGAGCCGGUAAAAUGGCGGAGAGUAUAGCCAAAGGCGCCAUCAAAUCCGGUGUUCUCCCCGCUUCUCGUAUUCAAACUGCUCACAAAGGAGCUCGACGUGCUGCUUUCGAAUCCAUCGGCGUCAGUGUUGCCCAACACAACAAUCAGGUUGUUGAAAACUGUGAUGUGGUGAUUUUCUCUGUCAAGCCACAAGUUGCUAAAGAUGCUAUUUCGCAGCUGAGACCACUCCUAUCUGAGAAAAAGUUACUGGUGUCGGUAGCUGCUGGUAUCAAAUUGAAAGAUCUUCAGGAAUGGGCUGGUCAUGAUCGCUUCAUUAGGGUAAUGCCAAAUACCCCUUCUGCUGUAGGUGAAGGAGCGUCUGUUAUGAGUUUGGGAGCAGGUGCAACACAAGAAGAUGGUGAAAUAAUAGCCAAGUUAUUUGGAGCAGUGGGUAAAGUUUGGAAAGCUGAGGAGAAACUGUUUGAUGCAGUCACCGGCUUGAGUGGGAGCGGUCCAGCAUAUAUAUAUUUGGUGAUCGAAGCUUUGGCUGAUGGAGCUGUAGCUGCAGGUUUACCACGGGAACUUGCACUUGGUUUAGCCUCUCAAACCGUUCUGGGAGCAGCAUCUAUGGCUACCCAGACAGGGAAGCAUCCAGGUCAGCUUAAAGAUGAUGUAACUUCACCAGGCGGAACCACCAUAGCCGGAGUUCACGAGCUCGAGAAGUCUGGUUUCCGUGGGAUACUGAUGAAUGCGGUUGUCGCUGCUACAAAGCGCAGCCGCGAGCUUUCUCAGAAUUAGUUCUUUUAUGUAUUUCUCGACAUGCAUUAAACAAGUUGACAUUGUCAGCCAUUGUUAGUUUACAUGGCCACAUUUAGUGGAGUUAUGCUAUUCUGAUUACUAGAAAUAUA